AUGAAUUAUAUAUGGUGUAUGGGUAUGCUUGUAAUUGGGAGAUUGAUUAAACAAUCUAUCGUUAUAGGAACUACAUUGUUUGCGCCUAUUAAACAAUUUAUCAUUAUAGGAACUCCAUUGUUUGCGUCAAUAUCAUAUUUCUUAGUUAUCUGUGAAUUGUCUUAUCUGAUAGCUAAGGUUAAGAGGCACGUCGAUAGGUGUGAAUGUUUAUCGAAUUUCAUUGUUUUAUCCACGACCUGGUAUCACGAAUUUGUUUCUUGUAUCUACAUCAGAUCCUUGGAAUCAAUUAAAUCGUUUCUGAUAUUGGUUUUGGAACUGAUUUUGAGGAAGCAGAGUUGCUCCUUAGUUCACCAACUAGAGUUUAUCGUUUUGUCUGUUUCUUUUUUGAAGGAAGAACAGAUGUCCGAAAAAGCUGGGUUUGAAACUUCUAAUGUGGACCAGAAGGAAAGAGUGAAGAAGCAACAAGAGUUAGUAAAUAAACACGUGUUAUCAAAACAGAUCAGGGUCUUGUUCAUUCCCAAUCAAGAGAAUAAAAAUGCUCAGAUUUAG